AUGUUAAGCAAAUUGUUUCCCCACAUCAAGGAAAAGUCAUUGGACGAGCGGGUUAAAUCGCGCGAUGCCUUUAUUUACUUGGAUCGGGUCAUGUGGUCAAUGGGCUGGACAGAGCCAGAAAACAAAAGAUGGAGCAUGGUUUACAGUCUGUGGUCUGCUUUUAUGGUCAUUUUAAUGUUCAUCCUUCUGCCAAUCUCAAUAACCAUCGAGUACCUUCAGCGAUUCAAGAGCUUCUCGGCUGGCGAGUUCCUCAGUUCCCUGGAAAUUGGGGUUAACAUGUAUGGCAGUUCGUUCAAGUGCGCUUUCACCAUGAUUGGCUACAAGAAAAGGCAGGAGGCCAAAAGAUUACUGGAUCAGCUGGACAAGAGAUGCGUUCGGGAUGAGGAGAGGUCCACUGUUCAUCGCUAUGUGGCUUUGGCCAACUUUUUCGAUAUCAUGUAUCACAUUUUCUACACCAGCUUUGUUGUGAUGAACUUUCCGUAUUUUCUGAUGCAGGGACGCCACGCUUGGCGAAUGUAUUUUCCCCUAAUCGACUCCGAUGAGCAAUUUUUCAUCUCCAGCAUCGCAGAAUGUAUGCUGAUGACGUGGUGCAUUUACAUGGAUCUGUGCUCGGAUGUCUGUCCAUUGGUCUCCAUGAUGAUGGCUCGAUGUCACAUUACCAUUCUCAAGAAUCGACUGAAGAAUCUGCGAUCGGAGCCGGGAAAACACGAAGAUGAGUACUUGGAGGCGCUAACUAAGUGCAUCCAGGAUCAUCGAUUGAUAUUGGAUUAUGUCAACGCCCUGCGACCCGUUCUUUCGGGCACCAUUUUUGUGGAGUUCCUGUUGAUCGGUACUGUAUUGGGACUCUCAAUGAUAAACUUGAUGUUCUUCUCAACUUUUUGGACCGGAGUCGCCACUUGUCUGUUUAUGUUCGACGUCUCCAUGGAGACUUUUCCGUUUUGCUAUCUAUGCAAUAUGAUUAUCGAUGAUUGCCAGGAGCUUUCCGACUGCCUAUUUCAAUCGAAUUGGACGACCGCCGAUCGUCGAUAUAAGUCCACUAUGGUAUUCUUUCUUCACAAUCUGCAGCAACCUAUUAUGCUCACGGCAGGUGGGGUUUUUCCCAUUUGUAUGCAAACAAAUUUAGCUAUGGUGAAAUUGGCCUUUUCUGUGGUUACGAUUAUGAAGCAAUUCAACAUAGCCGAGAAGUUUCAAUAA